AUGGGUUGCAACGACGAUGGCGCUCAUGCGAUUCACCCAUUCCUCAAAAUGGAGGAAAUUUUUGCGGAGGCAAUUUUGUUGAGUCUUUGGACUGCUAUGCCGGCAAUUGCACAAAGAAGAAUAUGCACUGAAAUGGGGAAUGUUUCAGAAUCACCAGCUUUGGCUAUUUCCGUAAGUGACACAGUGUGCUCCUGUGGAUGUCUACUCAGCCAUAAUGUUGGAAGAUUUUUCGCUCGAACAUGUAAAGAAAUCACUGAUUGGACAUUGAAAUCUCACGGAAGAUUUCUGCAUUUAAAAUUGAAGCACGAUUCGACGGCGGCCAAGCAAUUUAGACUUGAAAUUUAUCGCGAUUUAAAAAAACAGGAAUUAGCUUACGACUCUGGAGUAAACAGCCACAUUCUUAAAAGCAAUUUACAGUUCAUUUCCGAAGAUUACUUCGUUAUUUCACUUCUGAAAGUAAACAGCUCAUCAAACACCAUCUCGGGAGUGGAAAUAAAUUUUGAGUGGAGGAAUGCUAUUCUUAAUAUGGUGAUGCGGCAUAAAUCAUUGACAAUGAAACUGUCAAAUAUCCGCUCGUUUACGAGUUAUGAGUUCCCACUUCGAUUGGCAGCAAGCGAUGAGUUGUUAUUAUCAUCAAUUACAACACUGAAAUUAUCAAAUGUCUGCAUGUUUUGCUAUCACAAUUUGCCAUUCCUCCUAUUAAGUUUGUUCAUUAUUUUAAUUAUAUCACUCCCACCACUGUUGUGCUCUUAUGCUACCAUAUCGGUUAUUCGGAAAGCAAAAUGGAAGCGAAAUCGACAACUGAAAAUUGAUAAUUUGCUGGAGGAGCCGAGACCUAAUCCGAGGAUGAUAGAAUCUGGACAAACUGACACAACCGAAAUUAGAUCAAGUAGAACCGUUAUCACGAAACGUUCUAUCGGUAUACAGCUUUCAGCAUCAUCAACUCCACGUUUUCCCCAUGAUAAAGGAAUGUUAUGGGCCCAUGCAACUAAUUCACCACAGAUGACCCCACGUAACGAUGAGCACUCAUCAUUGUCAUUCAAUGCUGAUCACGAUUUGGAAUACGAUUAUUACGAACCAGCCGUGCCAGGUUCAUUCCUUACGUCGGCUAUCAACUUCUACUCUGAUAUUGAUAUUGAACAGAUUAUAGGUAGUUCGGAUCUUUCAUACAGUCUGAUAUCUAAGCAUGAUGCUCAUACACAAAUUGAUGAUAAUAUGUGA